AUGGGCCGAAAAAAGAUACAGAUUAGCCGAAUCUUGGACCAACGGAACCGGCAGGUCACGUUCACCAAGAGGAAGUUUGGGUUGAUGAAAAAGGCCUACGAGCUCAGCGUCCUGUGUGACUGUGAGAUCGCCCUGAUCAUUUUCAACAGCACCAACCGGCUCUUCCAGUAUGCCAGCACGGACAUGGACAAGGUUCUCUUGAAGUACACGGAGUACAGCGAACCCCACGAGAGUCGAACCAACUCGGAUAUUCUGGAGACCCUGAAACGAAAAGGCCUGGGCUUUGAAGGUGCAGAACUGGAUCUUGUAGAAGCUUUGGAUCCAGCUGAGAAACUGAGGCAGCUUGAUGAAGGAAUGGACCUUAGAUUAGCCCGUCCAAAACUGAGCUCGGCUGCUUCCCUGUCGAGUCUCGAGGGGGCAUCCAUGGGAACUCCCCAAUCCGGGAGCGAGGGUGGUGUGUGCAAUUCAGCUGAAUCUCCUGUUCAACAGAACCGUCUGCAGCAGUUCAGGCCGACUCUUCCCAAAGCAGCCUUCCCUUCGGUGCGGUCUCCAGCCACCCUUGGACCAGGUAUGGUCCACACAGGGUUUCUAGGUGUGAAUGAAAAACCUCAUCUCAUACUGUUCAAGGCCAAUCCUAGUGAGCUUCUGGCACCUAUGCUUGCUUAA